AUGCAGAAAAUCCAGUUCUCCAGCCUUACACCCCUGCCCCUCCCAGUCUCCUGGGAGACCAUCAUCGAGAAGCUUCACGAUCAUGGAGCUAUGAUCGAGCAAAACCCACUGGUGAUCCACUACGAGCGGUGUCCACCGCCAGUAGACGCGCCGCACGAUGAAGCCCUUCGCGCCUGGUACGAGUUGACCGACCGUAUCGAUUAUAUCCCUGGUCUGCUCCAAGGGAAGAUCCGGUAUCGUGCCAGCUUCGAGAACACCCCCUUGGGUCUCAAAACCCACAUUUAUGCACCGCUGGGGGUCGAUAUCCGGAAUGAAUGGAGUGUCUCCGAGCGCCCGUUGGGUGAAUCGCAAGAUAAGCAAGGAUUAUAUCUUCACGAAGAAACUGAUUUGCGGUGCCCGUUUGGAACGGCGUUCUUUGUUCGCAAAAACAUCGAGCAAUCUCACUCGACUCUAGUGGCGCGCUUAGCCAAGUGA